CGGGCCAGCCUCACUCGCUCUCUUACAGUGGUGCCGACUGGCAGUCUUCUCCACCGGUGCCGGACUGACACAGCAGAACACGCCACAUCCCCGUGUGUCACACCCUGCCACCGGGCGCUCAUGCCAGCCACCACACUCUCGGACGCUGCCCUGGCUCAGCUUGGGCGCCGCAUCGCCCAUAUUCCUUCACCGUCUUGACGACACCUGUCAAGACUUGGCCGUGAUAGUGCGUGAACAUAGUGGUCUGAAUAGUGAAUGUGGUCACAGUGAAGGCACCCGGACACGGCUUUUCGGUAGUUGGAAUCAGUGGAACUCUCGCGUGAUAUUCUGGUGCUGGUAUUGUGUGGGUGCUGGAUGGGCGGACACUAGGCUGCGUCACACUGAGUGUUUCAACCCUGCCUCAGCCGGAGUUCUCUCAACCCUGCCUCAGCCGGAGUUCUCUCAACCCUGCCUCAGCCGGAGUGCUCUCAACCCUGCCUCAGCCGGAGUGCUCUCAACCCUGCCUCAGCCGGAGUUGUCUCUACCCUGCCUCAGCCGGAGUGCUCUCAACCCUGCUUCAGCCGGAGUGCUCUCAACCCUGCCUCAGCCGGAGUGCUCUCAACCCUGCCUCAGCCGGAGUGCUCUCAACCCUGCCUCAGCCGGAGUUGUCUCUACCCUGCCUCAGCCGGAGUUCUCUCAUCCCUACCUCAGCCGGGGUUCUCUCAGGUUCCUCUGACAGUGAUCUUCAGUUAUGGAUAACGAGAAUAUGAGCACCAACACCCCUGACUCUGCGAAUAUGGGGGCAAGCCCGGGCAUGGAUGGUGGUAUGGGCCCAGGCAUGGGUGGCGGGGCGGGUCCGGGCAUGAGUAGUGGGGCGGGCCCGGGCAUGGGUGGUGGGACGGGCAUGAGGGAGAUGGGCGGCUUGAGCAUGGGCGGGUCCACGCGUCGCACCUCACGAGUGUGGAGGUACUUCGGCAUGGUUGACAAUUGUCACUACAUCUGUCGACUGUGUUCCUUCGUGGGCGCCUACACCAACACGACAAACAUGAGGAAACACAUUCAGCACCACCACCCAGAGAUAUUCCAGGAUAUUCUGGACCACACGCGACCAACCAGCCGCCCCUUCUAUAUAGGCUCUUCUGUGCCGCGCAUGCGGCCGCCUCAGAACUUUCCACAACAAACUUCUACCUAUCCUGGCGGCCUCGUCUACCCACACACACUCUCCGGCAAGAGGAUGAUUUUGCCCAAACCUGGAGAGAUGCCUUACAUUCACGGCGACGCCAGGAGUGAGCUGAGCAUGGCACCGGCCGCCACCUCCCAACAUUAUCCUCUGUCAACCUCUCACAUGGCGCCCGUCGCAACCUCUCAGUCUUCAGUACCAGAGGCUUCGGUCGGGACGUCGUAUCCUGCUGUGAGCUCCCAGCUCUCUGUAACGUGUCACGCCGCCUCGCCAGUCCAGCCCAGUAAUGUUGCCGUGUGUGAACUUAGCCCUGAAGAAUCCAAAUUGGUGAGCCAGUUCCUUCCGCCUCUGACUGAAAUCACCGACUGCUCCAGCGAUUCGGAGCCAACUUCGAGAGGUUUGCCAGCGCCAGAAGAUCGAGGUAGCAGCGAUUUCGUCCACAACAAUGCUGAUGAAGUACCUGUUGCAGUUUCUCCUGAACAUUUCUUGGCAGAAACUAGUGAGCGGGAACCUACGCCUACGCCACCCACACCAACUCCACAAAAACCAGAAAGUUACCAGUUACGGCACAACAACCACUUGACAAUUGUUCUAGAGGCCUUGGCACGUGAUGAGAGUUUCAUGGAUGUUACCUUAACAGCUCAAGGACGCUCUCUUAAGGCUCAUAAGUCUGUGUUAUCAGCUGUCAGCCCAUAUUUUCGAGGAGUUUUGCGAGACAAUCCAUGUCAGCAUCCCAUCAUUAUCAUGCCUCGAGAUGUGCGGUUUGAAGAACUUUUCAGCAUUGUUAAUUAUAUAUACAAAGGGGAAAUGACAGUGGCAGCGGAAGAUUUAACUUCGCUUCUGAAAACUGCAGAGAUUUUGCAGGUCUCGGGUUUAGCACCAUCCGAUUCCUCAGCCACUGUAAACCCUCACACUGACUGUUCAGCGACAGGAAAUGCUCGAUCGUCUUCUGCCUCUUCUUCCUCAUCCUCUUCUAACCUUCCAUCAGUAUCCAGAACUUCAAGAUUAGUUAAAACACCAACCCAUCAAAUGGCAACCCCACCUGCAAGACCCAAAUCAAGAGACAGCAUGAUCAAUCCCACAGACUUUAUGGAUGUCGACAUGACGUGUGUAAAAGAGGAAGUUGAGAGUGCAGAUGAUGAAGAAAAUGAAGAACAAAUUUCAAAAGAAUCCUCUUUGCAGACUCCUGGAAAUGUAGGGAAAGGUGAUCAAGCAUUGCAACAGAGCUUAUCAGCAUUUUCACCAUCACAUGAUGCAGGCCUUGAACAACCAAUAGCUUCUACCAGUUCAACUCAUGAUACUGCUCCUUCCCCAUUACCCAUAAAAUCUGAUCCAGAAACAGAUAUAAAUUCACAGGCAAAUCUUACGACAGAAGAUCCACAUCCUUUUGUAUGUCCACAUUGUCAAGAGCAUCACAGAGAUAGGGAAACUAUGAUUACCCAUUUGAGAGUCAGGCAUCCCACUAAACCCAGUUUUACAUGUGGAUGUGGUCGUGUAUAUACUCGGCAAAUGCACCACCAGGCCCAUGUAAGAGUUUGUUCUAGUUCACCUUAAAUUCUAGAGUUUGGUAUCAACCUAGAAUUUUAUUAAAUGUUUAAUAAAAUUUAAUUGCUGUAACAUCCAA